AUGAAAAGCAUUGAGGAAACCUAUCAGAAAAAGACACCGGUUGAGCAUAUCCUACUGCGGCCAGAUACAUACAUCGGAUCUGUAGAGAAGGAGACCCAGCAGAUGUAUGUGUGGGACGAAAAAAGCAAAUCGAUGAUUCUGAAGACCAUUGAGUAUGUCCCUGGAUUGUACAAGAUAUUUGACGAGAUAAUAGUGAAUGCAGCCGACAACAAAAUCAGAGAUCCCAGGAUGGACACAAUCAAGGUUACAAUUGAUGUGGAGGAAAACACAAUAUCUGUGUAUAACAACGGAAAAGGUAUUCCAAUAAGGAUCCAUAAGGAGGAGAAUGUGUAUGUGCCUGAGUUGAUAUUUGGAAACCUUCUGACGUCUUCGAACUACAAUGAUGAUGAAAAGAAGGUGACAGGGGGAAGAAAUGGAUAUGGGGCAAAGCUGUGCAAUAUAUUCAGUAAGGAGUUUAUUGUCGAGACAUCUGAUGCAGAGGUGAAGAAGUACUACAAGCAAGUGUACAGAAACAACAUGGGAAUGAAGGACGAGCCUGAAAUAGGCAGAUACACAAAAGAGGACUUUACAAAAAUCACAUUUAAACCAGACCUAAAGCGGUUCAAGAUGAAUAGAUUGGAUGAUGACAUGGUUAGCUUGCUUAAGAAGAGGGUAUAUGAUCUUGGAGGAAUUGUGAAGAAUGUGAGAAUCUUUCUGAACGAUGAGAAAAUUAAUGUCCAGGGAUUUAAGUCGUAUGUGAAGUUAUAUCUACCGCCGGAUACUGAUGUGGUGCAUCAGGUGAUCAACGAUCGCUGGGAGUUGGCUUUUACCACAAGUGAGGAUCAGUUUCAACAGGUUUCGUUUGUGAAUGGAAUAUGCACGACAAAGGGAGGAAGCCAUGUGAACCAUGUCGUUGAGAGGCUUGUGGGGCCGAUCAUUGAGAGUAUUCUUAAGAAGGAGAAAGGACUUGUUAUUAAGCCUUUCUUGGUGAAGUCGUCUAUGUUUGUGUUUAUCAACUGUCUUAUUGAGAAUCCUGCGUUUGACUCGCAGACUAAGGAGAACCUUACACUGAGGGCUAGUGCGUUUGGAUCCAAAUGCGAGCCGAUGUCUGAGUUUGUGAAGAAUAUCAUGAAAGGCACUGGGAUCCUGGAAAAGAUUGCAUCUUUUGCAAAGGCCAAACAGAGCCAGCAGCUCAAGAAGAGCGAUGGAACGAAGACAUCGAGACUUUCGGGCAUUCCAAAGCUUGAGGAUGCGAACCUUGCAGGCACAAGCAGAUCUAAGGAGUGCACGUUAAUCUUAACUGAAGGAGACUCUGCCAAGACUUUAGCUGUUGCAGGACUUAGUAUUGUUGGGAGAGACACAUAUGGAGUAUUUCCAUUGAGAGGAAAGUUGCUGAAUGUACGAGAAGCAUCGCACAAGCAGAUAAUGGAUAAUGUAGAGAUAUCAAGCAUAAAGAAGAUUCUUGGACUGCAGCACAAUAAGGUGUAUGAGGAUGUAAGCACUCUGAGGUAUGGACAUGUUAUGAUAAUGACGGAUCAGGAUCAUGACGGAAGCCACAUUAAGGGGCUUAUAAUCAAUUUUAUGGAUCAUUUUUAUCCAUCGUUGUUAAGGAUUUCUGGAUUUCUGCUUGAGUUUAUUACACCGAUUAUCAGGGCAAGCAAGAGAGGAGUGGUAAAGGAUUUUUUUACACUUCCAGAGUAUGAGGAAUUUAAGAAGACUGAAGAAGGCUGGGACGUGAAGUAUUACAAAGGACUUGGAACUUCGACGAGUGCGGAUGCAAAACAGUAUUUUAGCAAUUUGCCGGUGCAUGUGAAGUCGUUUACACCGCUUGUUGAUGAUGACAAGGAGUCGAUUGACUUGGCAUUUAACAAGAAGAAGGCGGAUGCAAGAAAGACAUGGCUGUUUAAUUAUGUGCCUGGUACGUUUCUUGAUCAGUCGAAGACACAGAUAUCGAUAUGUGAUUUUGUGAAUAGAGAGUUGAUUUUGUUUUCGAUGGCAGACAAUGUAAGAUCGAUACCGAGUGUUAUUGAUGGGUUGAAGCCUGGACAGAGGAAAGUGAUUUUUAGUUGUUUCAAGAGGAAGCUAAGGAGUGAGAUUAAGGUUGCACAGCUUGUGGGAUACGUUUCUGAGCAGUCUGCAUACCACCACGGGGAGCAGUCAUUAUGUUCGACUAUAGUGAAUCUUGCACAGGACUUUGUCGGAUCAAAUAACAUCAAUCUGCUUUUGCCAAUAGGGCAGUUUGGAAGCAGACUGCAAGGAGGGAGAGAUGCAGCAAGUGCAAGGUAUAUAUUCACGUCUUUGUCGCCACUUACUCGCCUGAUAUUCAACGAGAAUGAUGAUGCGAUUCUGAAGUACCUAAACGACGAUAACUUGCAGAUUGAGCCAGAGUUCUAUGUACCCAUUAUUCCAAUGGUUCUAGUGAAUGGAGGAGAGGGAAUAGGGACUGGGUGGAGUACGUCGAUUCCGAACUUCAGUCCGAUUGAUAUAGUUGAGAACAUUAGAAGGAUGAUCCGAGGAGAGGAGGUAAAGGAGAUGAUACCGCACUACAGAAACUUCAGAGGAGAGAUUGAGAAGGCCGGUGAUGGAAGAUUUGUAAUAUAUGGAGUAAGUGAUGGGGAUAUUGAUAUGAGGAUUACUGAAUUACCUGUUGGCGUAUGGACGUUGAAUUACAAGGAGUAUCUUGAGUCUCUGAUGCAGAGUGGAUUGGUGAAGGACUUUAAGGAGUAUCAUACAGAGAAGAGUGUGCAUUUUGAUGUGAAGAUGGUGAAGCAUGUGAAGAAAAUGAAACUUAGCAGUGGAAUUACAACGAAUAAUAUGGUGUGUUUUGAUGAGAACCAGCGGAUUAAAAAGUAUUCUACUCCGGAGGAGAUUCUGAAGGAGUUCUAUGGAGUACGACUAAGGCACUACUUCAUGAGGAAGGAGAAUAUGCUGAACGUUAUGAAGGAGGAGCUUAUGAGGUUGGAGAACAGAGUGCGAUUUAUCAAAGAGGUUGUUGAAGGAACGCUUGUUAUCAAUAAGAGGAGAAGAAACGAUGUAGUUGCGGAUCUUGAUGCAAGAGGGUAUGCGAGGAUGGAUGAGUAUGAGUAUCUGCUUGGCAUGACUGUGUUAAGCCUGACGAUAGAAAGGAUAGACAAACUGAAUGAGGAGCACAAAAGAAAGCUUGAUCAAUACGAGAGUCUGAUGAAGAAGACUGAAAAGGAGCUGUGGCUCGAUGAUCUUGAAAUUUUUGAAAGAGAGUAUGUGAAGAUGGUUGAGGAAGAGGCAAGAGAGUAUGAUAAUGAGUUGAACAAGAGUGCAAGGAAUGGCAAGUCGAGGCCAAGGACAUCGGUAAAGGCCAGUAAAUCGUUUGAAGUAAAGCCUAAGGCAGAUAAGACGUCUAAGCAGUCCAAGGUAUGUAAACCAAAAGCAAGUGGUAAAAAGUCUACCACUGCAUUCUCCACAGAUGUUGCAGAACAAAGGGAGAAAGCAAAGCCGAAGAAUCCAGAAAUGACUAAAGCGCCAAGAAGGAUGCUGGUGAUACCAAGCGAGUCUGAAGAUGAAGCUGAAGAUCUGGGUGAUGAAGACAUGCCUUGGAAGAAGUAUGGUGUUAUAUAA